AAUGGCGAACAGCAACAUUGGGGCAUGAAUGUAAUAUUUGGAGGUGGUAAAUGAGUGUUUUGGUGCAUGUCAGGCGGAUUAUGUGGAGCUGCGGGGACGUGAAACGACUUCUGGUGCAGCGAUAGAAACCGGAGCGCUUUGUGGGAGGCUCGAAGAGUAAAUAGUUUAACCAUGAGUAGCAGAAGAAAGAGGGCCCCUCCUGUGAGGGUGGACGAGGAAGACAAGAAGAGGUUGAACUGGAACAUGCUGGAGGACCGCAAGAACGAGACGAUCCAGGAAGAGGACCAAAUACCAACCUGCACCGUGCUUCCUGUCGACCCGACUCCCAGCUGCUCCUUGCCCUCGACCACUGAGGACGUUGUAGAGACGGCCAGUGACCGCACUGUCCGGUUUAUAGAGGAACUCCCUGGCACAUCGUCAGAUGGCAUCGCUGCCUCAGCCUCCCUGGCCCUCACCGUGGAGCCAGCUUUGAAGCUGGGCCACAUCUGGAAGGCGCUCAUUGGGGAGUUCAGCAUCCGGCCGUCUUGGAUCCCAUCGGACUGCGAACAGAGAGCUUUCAUCCUCCACAGGAUGGGUGAGCAGCUCUGCAUCAGCUACAGCAGCUACGAUGAGACUUCAGGGCUGCAGUGGAGGCCUGAUGAGGACACUUGCACAGCGGAGUGCAGCCUCAGUGUGAUCCCACUGGAGGACCUCGACUGGAUGCAGAAGAGGAGGGUGGUGCAGCUCUGCCACCAGAUGAAAGAAGAGUCAGUCAAGGUGGGGAUUUACUUGCUGGAAACAGGGCUCGGGAAACCUGAGUUCCUCAGUGAGGGAAAUGCUCGGCUGAAGAAAGCAAAUCAACUAAUGCAGAUUUUAAUGGAGUAUUUCUACGAUUUUAUUAUCCCCGAAGUUGUAGAGAAUGAUCAGGAGGAAUGUGACACCGACCUGGAGAGGCAAAAUGUCGAGGAACUCUACGACUACGUCAGACAUGUGCACCAGAGAGAGAAUCAGGAGGUGACUUACGACGUCCAGCACAAAGCUCUUAUUCCUGUUCUCAGACCUUACCAGAGACAGGCUGUCAACUGGAUGCUGAGGAGGGAGAAAUUCAGGAACACUUCACCAAAAGAACAAAUGCUGCAUUUCCUCUGGAGGGAGUUGAUCACCUUGUGUGGAAAGAAGCUGUUCUACAACCCUUUUACUGGCUGCUUAAUCCGAGAAUUUCCCCUGGCGGGUGUGGAGUGGCCUGGUGGGAUCCUGGCUGAUGAAAUGGGCCUGGGAAAGACGGUGGAAGUUCUGGCCCUUAUCCUGUUUCACACUCGACAGGGCCUGGAGCAGGAGGCCCUCACACUGCCUGUGGGAAAAUCUGUAAAUUAUUUUGUACCUCCUCCUCCCCUUGAAAGAAAGAAAAUUAACCGCUGCAAGGCUGAAGUUCAGCCGAAAAUAAAAGCAUCAUACCCAACUGUGCGUGUCAUGCUCCUCACUGCGAUCAAGGAGAUGAGAACCGGCAAAGGGGCCUCCUUCAACGCCGUCUUCACCUACAUCCGUGCCACGUAUGGUUAUGACCUCUUGAAGAACCGUAACCACAUCAAGAAGACCCUGGUGAAGCUGAUAGAUGAAGGGCUGGUUGAUCGAGUCAAAGGUCGAGGCUUGGCAGGGUCUUUUAAGCUGGGAAAGAAAUACAAGGAGACAAAGAAGAUGUUAGCAGGAGCAUCCAAGACUACUUAUAAAAGCAUGGAGAGCACGCCCAGGAAGAUGUUUCAGAGACGAGCAAAAGAGAAGGCAGAAGCAGCUCUGCAAAACUCUCUCACAGACGAUCAAAUGGAUCUUUACUCUCCUACAUCUGAGUGUCUGGCACCGAAGGAAGCAGAAACAAAGAAAGAGUGGGAUGAAAGUCUGAACGAGAGAGCGGAUCAGUCAGACGACACGCUGGAUACGUCCACGACAGCCUCACAGACAUCUCAGGAUAAGUCAGACACGCAGGACAUUUCCAGACUGGUUGAUCUGCCCGAAGAUGCACCUCAGCUUGAUUCACACGAGGAGACAGAAACACCCACCAGAGCGUCUGUUUUCCCUUUCAACACUCCGGAUUACCGCUUUGAGUGUAUCUGUGGUGAACUGGGUAUUGUUGACUACAAGGCUCGCGUCCAGUGUAUGAACUGCCAGCUGUGGCAGCAUGCAGACUGUGUGAACUACAAAGAAGAAAGCCUUGAAACGACUCCUUUCUACUGCCCUCACUGCCUGGUCGCCAUGAAGCCCGUCUCCACCGGCGCCACCCUCAUCAUCUCCCCGAGCUCCAUCUGCCACCAGUGGGUGGAGGAGAUCAACCGGCACAUCAGGUCCUCCUCACUGCGAGUGCUGGUUUAUCAGGGUGUGAAGAAGCACGGAUUCAUUCAGCCUCAUAUGCUCGCUGAGCAGGACGUGGUCAUCACCACCUACGACGUGCUGCGGUCAGAGCUCAACUACGUCGACAUUCCCCACAGCAACAGUAAGGACGGACGCCGCUUCCGCAACCAGAAGCGCUACAUGGCCAUACCCAGCCCUCUGGUGGCUGUGGAGUGGUGGCGGAUCUGUCUGGACGAGGCUCAGAUGGUCGAGUGUCCCACUGCGAAGGCUGCAGAGAUGGCACUACGUCUGGCAUCUGUUAACCGCUGGUGCGUCAGUGGCACUCCUGUCCAGAGAGGCUUAGAAGAUCUGUAUGGCCUUGUACUUUUCCUGGGAGUUGACCCGUACUGGGUGAAACACUGGUGGUACCAGCUGCUCUAUCGCCCGUAUCGACGUGGAAACACAGAGCCUCUUUACUUCGUUAUUGCUCAAUUAUUGUGGCGAUCGGCGAAGAAAGAUGUCAUUGAUCAGAUCCAGAUCCCCCCCCAGACAGAGGAGGUGCACUGGCUGCACUUCUCCCCCGUCGAGGGUCACUUCUACCACCGUCAGCACGAGGUGUGCUCCCAGGACGCUCUGGUCAAACUCAGGAAGAUCUCUGACUGGAGCCUCAAACUCGGCAGCCUCGACCGCCGCACCGUCAACACCAUCCUGUGUCCGCUGCUGAGGCUGCGCCAAGCUUGCUGCCAUCCGCAGGCUGUGAGGGGGGAGUUCCUGCCUCUGCAGAAAAGCACCAUGACGAUGGAAGAGCUCCUGAAGUCCCUGCAGAAGAAAUGUCGAGUGGAGUGUGAAGAAGCUCACAGACAAUUGGUGUGCGCACUCAAUGGCCUGGCUGGAAUCCACAUCAUCAGAGAUGAGUUCGCAGAGGCAGUAGAGCUGUAUAGAGAAGUGCUUCGUUCAUCAGAGGAGCACAAAGGCAGACUGAAAACUGAUUCAUUACAGAGGCUUCACGCAACCCACAAUUUGAUGGAACUGCUGAAUGCAAAGCAUCCUGGGAUACCUCCCACGCUGAGAGACGACCGGCUAAGUGAGGAGGCGGAGCAGCUUCGACAGCACUACAUGACCAAAUACGACUCUGAGGUAGCAGACGCUCACCAGAGUCUGCAGCCGGUGCUGCAGAACAUCAAGGAGCUGAAACGCAAAGUCAAGCUGAACUCUCCCUGGUGGCUGGAUGUCAUCCAGAAAGCGAUCCGGUCCUCCAUCGACGAUGAUCUGGUGUCCCGCGUCAAGAACGAGCUGACAUCCAGCUACAAACAACAAGCACACAAGCUCUCCAUGGCAGACAAGUUUCGUGAUGCCUGUGGGCUGCAAUUCAUACUCACAUCCCAAAUGCAAGAUCUGAUGAAAUCCCAAAAGACGGUCCAAGACGCGGUGAAGAGUCUUGAAGGCCCGGCUUCACAGAAAGUGAUCGAUGAGGCCACCGUCUGUCACCUCAGGCCUAUGAGACUGCCACUCAAUAAUUGUGUUUUUUGCAAAGCGGAUGAACUUUUCACAGAUUAUGAGUCGAAGCUGUUUUCUCACACGGUAAAAGGUCAGACGGCCAUCUUUGAAGAAAUGAUCGAGGAUGAAGACGGGCUGGUGGACGACCGUCUCCCCACCACCAGCCGAGGUCUGUGGGCAGCCAGUGAGACUGAGCGCACUCUGAAAGCCAUCCUGUCCUUCGCCAAGUGGAAGCGCAUGGACCCAGAGCUGGUGGAGGAGGGCAACACUUUCAUGGAGCUGUUUGAGAACUGGAAGAAAGAGUACAAGGUGCUGCAUGAGUACUGGAUGGUGCUUAGGAAUCAUGUGUCGGCCAUCGAUGAGCUGGGUAUGGCCACUGAGAGACUGCGCGUGCGUCUUCCCGAUGAACCGAAGCCCAAACUGCUGCACAUCAUCGAACCUCAUGAGGUGGAGCAGAACAGAGUGAAGCUUCUGAACGACCAGGCGGUGGCCAAGUCUCAACUCCAGAAGAAGCUCGGCCAGUUUCUGUACCUCACGAAUCUGGAGAAGUCCCAGGACAAGUCAACUGGGGGGCUGAACCCAGAGCCAUGUCCCAUCUGCGCCCGGUCCCUGGGACAGGAGUGGGCAGUGCUGACCUGCGGCCACUGCUUCUGCAAUGAGUGCAUCGCCAUCAUUGUGGAGCAGUACAGCGUGGGCUCGAGGCGGCGAGCCAUCAAAUGUGCCAUUUGUAGGCAGACCACGUCGCACACUGAGAUCUCCUACGUGUUCACCACCCAGUCAUCCAGCCAGGACCAGGACAUACCUGUCAAGGGAAGCCACUCUACCAAAGUGGAAGCAGUAGUGAGAACGCUGAAGAAGAUUCAAAUGACCGACCCCGGGGCCAAGUGUCUCGUCUUCUCCACGUGGCUGAGUGUCCUGGACAUCAUUGCGAAGGCUUUGUUUGACAACAACAUGGAGUUCUCUCAAAUCAACGGGAUUCACAAAUUCCAGGAGAACUUGUGUUCCUUCAAAUACGAAGAGAAGAUCAACAUCCUCCUCCUUCCUCUCCACACCGGGUCCAACGGUCUGAACAUCAUCGAAGCGACUCACGUGCUGCUGGUGGAGCCGAUCCUCAACCCUGCUCACGAGCUCCAGGCCAUCGGCAGAGUGCACCGGAUCGGCCAAACCAAGCCGACAUUUGUUCACAGAUUCUUAAUCAAAUCCACUAUCGAAGAGAGGAUGCAGGCAAUGCUGAAGACGGCAGAGAAAAGUCACACCACCACAGCCAUGAAGCACUCGGAGGCCGCCGUGCUGACAGUAGCCGACCUGGCUGAUCUGUUCACUGAAGACACAGAACAUCUGGAGUAACACCUGGACACACCUGUUGAGGAUACACAGGCAAAGAGAGCUCACUCUUUACACAGUGGUUCUAUAAACACUCUGAUUUUGCACAUUUAACUUUUUAUACAUUAAAGUUACCAAACGCAUUCCCAAAAAGAUAUUUUAGCAGAUCACCGACGACAGACUGCGACACGUUUCUUAACUGUAUUUCAUUUUUAAUCUCUUUUGAAUAUUUGUGUAAUUGGAUCACUUGUUGUCAUGGAUGUAACUGAUUCAGUAACAUACUAAGUAAAUGUUUGAUGAUCACAUUUGACCAGACUGUACAGUAAUGUUGCUUGUCUUGAUCUAAUAAUAAGUACAUGCAUUAAGGAUGAAAAUGGAGGACUUCAGAUUGAGAUUGAAGGAUUCUCACAGCAGUCAGGAAAUAAAAGACUGUCGAUGGCCAGAGGUUGUUGGCCCGUUA